ACAGAAGACAAACAAAUACACUGUCACACACAAACACGCACGCACAGUGUAGAGAGAGCUCAACAAAUCUCUCGAUAAGGAAAACCCAGAAGACAAACAAGCAUAAAAAAAUCACAAUUUUAAAUUUUAUUUGUAUGGAGCUGGAAGUUACUGAUAUUCAUAUGGACAAGGAGCCAGGCAGUGUCAUAAGUUACUCAAAUGGUGUCUCCCAUGAUACAAGUUACGAAACUGAGAGCUACCAAGAUGUGGUACAACAGUUUGAACAUAUUUAUCUCAACCCAGAUCCAGGCGAAGCAUCGAAAGAGGAUGCUGAAGUAAAGGAGUGUCAAAUAAAGGAAUGCAAUACUGAGAAGUCAGUUGAUAUCAGUAAACUUUGCCAAGUUGAAAAAGGUGAGGCGAAAGAUCUUCCAAGCUCAAAUGUUGAUAUUAAGAUGGCAAAAGAGGAUGCAAAAUCUGAUGGGCAUAAAAUAACAGCUGAUGGGAAGAGAUCAAGGGCCUCUGGAAAACCUGCUAUCAAGUCUGCAGCUGGAAAUUGUAAAACAAAAUGCACUGUUCCACACCCAUUUGCUCUGGCAACUGAAAAGCGGGCUUCAUAUGGUACUCGUCCUUAUGGGGAUGAGAUUGAUAAACCAUCUAACAUUGACAAUUUGCCGCGGCCAAAUUCUGCAAAGCUGAAUCAGGUUUCACUUCAUGUACAGCUAGCCUCGCCUUCUGUACCAAGGAAGCCAUUGCAACCUGAUAACAAGAAGCGUCCAGAUGAUGAUAACUAUUCGAUUGCCUCUACAACUGUGGCAUCAGGGAGAAAGUUCAGGACAGCUGUUGCAUCAGCCCCAACAUUCAGGUGCAAUGACCGUGCAGAGAGAAGAAAAGAGUUUUAUACAAAAUUAGAGGAGAAACAUCAAGCACUGGAGGCAGAAAAGACUCAAUGUGAGGCAAGGACAAAGGAAGAGACUGAAGCAGCAAUCAAACAAUUAAGGAAGAGUUUGACGUUUAAAGCAAGCCCAAUGCCAAGCUUCUACCAUGAGGGACCUCCACCAAAGGUCGAACUGAAAAAGACACCUCCAACUCGUGCAAAAUCACCAAAGUUGGGAAGAAGGAAGAACUUGAGUGACAUGGGAUGUUUAGACAAAGGGAGUCGAGAAGGUCAUCAGGGUUUUACCAUUUACAGUGACAGUCCUAAUAUAUUUCCCACGAACAGGGAAAAUGGGAUCUCUGUCCAGAAUGGUACUGCUUCCCGCAAAACUAAGAAACAACCCCAACAAGACUGAUGGAGUCUUCACAUCUAAGAUGAAUGAUGACUGAUCGGUGGAUAUUGCUGUUAUUCUAGGGGCGUUAGUGAGUUCUUUAUUAUCAGGGGAAGGACAUUUAACUUAUUAAGGGGUGAUCUUGUGCCUUGCUGACUGUUGUGAUUUGGAUAUGUAUUUAAACAGCAAAACUCUUUGCUGGGAUUUGUGCUAUAUGAAUCAAUGUGUGAAGUGUAAACUUCAUUAAGUUAUUCCCAUGUAUUUUAUAAUUAUGUGUCUGUAAAUGUUAUUUCUUUAAUCCUGGAUGUGUUCUGGCUA